AUGAGCUACCGUCCCAACCGGCUUCCGCCCACGGCGAAGAGGUACGUGCUGCGGCUGUUCAUCUCGCUCAAGUACAUCACCGCCAACGUCGUCGACCGGCGGCACGGCCGCGUGGUGGCGACAGCGUCGUCGGUGGAGAAGGCUCUCAAGCCGGGGCUCGAGUGCGGCCGCUUCUGCAACGCCAAGGCAGCGGCGGCGGUGGGGGAGGUGCUGGCGGUGCGCCUCAAGGUGGACGGCCUCGCUGCCGAGGAGAUCCACGCCGACGUAGCCAAGGAGAUCGAGAAGAAGGGCUUCAAGAACCGGACCAAGGUAUGGGCCGUAGUCAACGCCCUCCGCUCCUACGGCGUCAACCUUCUAUUCGACGCGGACGCCGCCGCUGCCGCCGCCGCUGCCUCCGCCGCUGCCGCCGCCGCCCCUCUCCCAUCGUACGGUUGUCGCCUCUCCCCUCCGCCUUCUUCAUCUACCCGCCCUCCCUCUACCGCCCUCGACGGUGGCGAUGAGCUGUAA